UAAUUGAAGCUUCAGACUUCGGCGUUCUAGUUUGUGAUAUUUUGGAUUUUAUGCCUGUAUUUAUGGAUUAGGACCCCGAAAUUUCUUUUGGAUUAUGCCAUUCGUGGUAUGCAAAUAAGGGUGUGUGGCAGAGUGAGAUGUAGUGGUAGGAGGAGAGAUCAAGCACCAUGAGUCGGCCUACGAGUCCCCCCAUGUCCCCUCGCAAGGGCAAGUUCAUGAACGUCAAGGUUCUUAUGUUAGACAACACAGUCACCAUCUUCCAGAUACCGCAUAAGGCCUUGGGUCGAAAUCUUUAUGAAGAGGUCAUCAAUAAGCUGCAGGUCCUCGAGUCGGAUUACUUUGACUUGGAGUACAUCAACUCAGAGGGAAUAACAUGCUGGCUGGACCACGACAAACCCAUCCUGAAGCAGGUCGGGUCUCCGCACGAAUUAAACUUCAGGUUUGGUGUGAAGUUCUACAUCCAGGACCCCGCACUUCUAGAGGAAGAGUUAACAAGAUACCUGUUUGCCCUCCAAGUGAAACGUGACCUCCAGUCAGGCACCAUGCCUUGUAAUGAAAACACUGCUGCACUACUCGUUUCUUAUAUAACACAAGCGGAACUAGGCGAUUACAUUGAUGACUUUACAGACCAGAGCUACCUAUCCACAUGUAAAAUCGUCCCCAAUCAAACAAUAGAAGAAAAAAUAAUAGAAUAUCAUAAAAGGCAUACAGGGCAGACUCCUGCCGAUGCAGACUUCAAUCUUUUAGACACGGCGCGGAAAGUCGAGCUGUACGGUAUUAAGAUGUACCCAGCCAAGGUAAGGGACCAUGAAGGUGUUCCAUUAAACCUUGCCGUAGCACACAUGGGCGUCCUAGUAUUCCAGAACUAUACUAAAAUCAACACAUUCUCAUGGGCAAAAGUACGGAAACUCAGCUUUAAACGGAAGAAGUUCUUAAUAAAGCUCCAUCCAGAAGGAUAUAUGGACGCCACCUUGGUUUUGCAGGAUGUUUACAUGAUCACUAAGAAAAAGCGAAAAGCGCCACUGAAAGUUAUGACUGGUUAUUACAAAGACACAGUAGAAUUCUAUUUUGAUACUAGAAACGAAUGUAAGAAUUUCUGGAAAAAAUGUAUUGAGCAUCAUGCCUUUUUCCGAUGCCAUUCGGUGAAACGGUUGCCAAGGAACAAGACACGGGUAGUUAGCAGAGGAUCGUCAUUCAGAUAUGGUGGUCGAACUCAGAAACAGCUGGUAGAAUUUGUGAGAGAAAACUAUGUCAAACGGGCGCCAUUUGAAAGUCCAAAUACCCCUAGGUCUCGCAGUCGUGCUACGACGCCCGGCAGCCGGUGCGGUAGCCGGGCAACGACUCCCUCAAGUAUGCGAAGCUGUCCAGAGGAUCAUGCUGCUCAAAUGGCCGCCUCAUUACGGCGCCGAAUGAUGACAGAACACCAUCGGUAUCAGGUGGUCACUAAUUACCGUGAUGUGGACAACAGAUCAGCAAGUGCGAGGAUAUCGAGUCGCAGCGAUGGUGUCACAACGAAGUCAAGCACGUUAAAUUCGGCUGACAUGGCGUACAGCCAUAACAGCACAUCGAGCGGGAGUCAUACAUUGGAUAUGUCAUCCAAAGACAAUUUAGAUAAACAACCGAGCACGAGGAUCGAAAUGGCGGAAGUCCAUGAUGAUUCGUCGCAGUCAAGUCGGAGUAUUUCAUCGCCGAAACGGGAACGUUUACCACCACCGCCAGACGACGAGUUCCGAAUGCACCGAAAAGACGCCAGUGAGGAAUCGUUACCGCCACCACCACCCCCACCACCACAGGACGGAACAGAUGUCUUCGAUAGCGACCAAAAUAUUUCAAUGGCCCAAGCAAAAGGCGGCUUCGACCGAAAGAUGUCGGCACCCGCCUUUUCCAUACAUCAGACAUGUCAGAAGAUGAAAGAACAACAACAACAACAACAACAUUUAGAACGAUCGCCCGAAGUCGAGAACAUCCCGGAGGAGGUUUCAUUUAGCAAGCGGAAUAAUCUUAAGCCUGCAAGUCCGAAGUUCCGACGAAGUCACAGCGACACGCCACAUGAGUCUCGCUCAAUGGAACGCUCACACUGUAUAGACGAAGAUGAUGACGAACCACCUCCUCCUCCUCCACCAUUGGUCGAUGAUGACAUCAGUCCCGUUCCGAUGUACAAUCGCCAUGGGUCACCAGAACCAAUAGAGAAACCACCUCCUCCUGUGGUCCGGCAGGAGACAGCUCCUAAGGCUCAAGGAUAUGAUCCAGUUUCGCCCGUACCAGCCUCGCAGGAGGAGACCCUGACGAUGACAACCACCUCACGUUCGCACACGCUCACUAACACGCUGAGUUCGACGACAAGUCGCGACUCAAAUAAAACGGAUGAAUCGGAGGAGGAGGUGAGAAGGAAGAGAUACCCGGCUGAUAAAGCGUACUACAUUGCCAAAGAAUUACUGAUGACAGAGAGAACGUAUAAGAAAGACUUAGAGGUGCUAACUGUGUGGUUCCGUAAUACUGUCUGCCAUAAGGAACUGAUCCCGAAAUACUUGGAAGCUCUCAUGUUCUCCUUCCUAGACGAGAUCUAUGAACAUCACUGUUACUUCCUAAAGGAGUUAGAGCAGAGAUUGGCUAUGUGGGAAGGGAAAUCAAAUGCACACUUGAACGGUGACUACAGGAAGGUGGGAGAUCUCAUGUUAAGUAAUAUGAAAGUCUUGCCUUUGUAUGGUAAUUACAUGGAGAAGACAGAUGAGAUCCUAACAGAGCUGGACCACGCAGUGCGACAGAAUAAACAGCUCGAGACGGCUUACAAGGAGUUUGAGAGUCAGAAAGUCUGCUAUCUCCCACUAAACACAUUCCUCUUGAAACCCGCCCACAGAUUGCUGCAUUAUAAGUUGUUAUUAGAUCGAUUGUUAAAGCACUACUCUCACGACCACCCAGACCACAGGGAUUGUAAAGCGACGUUGUCUGAGAUCAACAAGAUCACAGAGCCCUUGCAUGGUGCGUUUUUCCGCCUCGAGAACCUACAGAAGCUUCUGGAGCUGCAGCGAGAUUUGAUCGGUAUCGAGAACCUCGUGCAGCCGUUUCGAGUCUUCAUCCGAGAAGGAUGUUUACAGAAGCUCUCGAGGAAGGGAUAUCAGCAGAGGAUGUUCUUUUUGUUUUCGGACAUGUUGAUCUAUACAAGUCGGACGACCACACCUUCCCUUCAGUUCAAAGUUCACGGCCAGAUACCUCUCAGGGGCAUGAUAGUCGAAGAAGCUGAUUCCAAAAUGGCGGUGGCGAAUAGCUUCACAAUCUACGGCGGGAAUCGGUGUCUUCUGGUGGCGGCCGGUUCGCCAGAAGAGAAGGAUAAGUGGUUGGAAGAUUUGAAUGCGUCGAUCACGGCAGCGCGGGAACGAGGUGAUGACUAUAAGUAUCCCAGUCUUAAGUCAACAGGAGGUGGAUCUGCAGACGAUCUUCUCGACCACGAUGGCUAUCCUCCAACAACUCCACCUAUGAGUGAGAAACAAAUCCAACACCGUGCGAACACAACGAUGCACGUCUGCUGGCAUCGGAACACGAGUGUCAGUAUGAAGGAUCAUCAAUCAGCUGUUGAGAACCAGUUGAGUGGCUACGUCCUCAGGAAAUUCAAGAACAGUAAUGGCUGGCAGAAACUCUGGGUUGUCUUCACAAACUUCUGCCUCUUUUUCUACAAGACUUUCCAGGAUGAUUUCCCAUUGGCUAGUCUGCCUUUGCUAGGUUACUCGGUGAAUGACCCUGAUGAUAUGGAUGGUAUUCAUAAAGACUAUGUGUUCAAGCUCCAGUUUAAGAAUCAUGUGUAUUUCUUUAGGGCGGAGAGUGAAUACACUUUCGAGAGAUGGAUGGAAGUGAUUGGCAGCGCCACUAACAGUGCACACCUGAUGCGAGUCUUCAGCCGUAUUGAGAGUAACAACACGAGAUAAGAUCGCCCCCUAGUGGCAGUCAUAAGGAACUUGCUCAAGUACGCUGAUGGAAUGUGGUGGCCUUGCGACAUCAUGGUGCUUUUGGACUGUGAUUGGCUAAUGAUGGACCAAUCAGCGCCUCCGUACUGUGACCAGAUGCAAUGGUCGGGAUGCGGAGGGUAUCCACAAUGAUCAGGACGAUUUUCCAGAUUAUAAAAUGGUUGAUUUUUGUACAUAUGUUCGUCUUGAGUUCUUCCGAGGGCAGAAGUUGGGUAGGAGCAUUUUAUCGAGUGCUACGAUUGACAUUGUGAGCGUAUACUGGACAAUCAUUGAGAAUGAUAUCAAAAUCUGAAUCAAAAUACAGCUUCUGAGUCAAUGUAAAGAAAUGUAGUGCAUUAUAAUGUAACGGUAUUCAUCACAGUAUGAUAGAAGUCAGUCUACAAACUGGUACAGCAUUGAGAUGGGUGGGAGGGAAAACAACUGUUAGAUGUCUCUGAAUUUAGAGGUGAGGGAGUGAGUGCAACUGUUAGAAUGCCUCCCAUCCUAUUACUGCUGGAAGAAUGAAGGGCGGACAGAAAUGAUGCAACAUAGAAGAUUUGUCAAAUUGAGGAUUGUACAAAUUUGGUCUGUGCAUUUAAAGUCAUCUUGUGAGGAAAAAGUUACAUAUAUCUUUAAAAGUACAUUAUACCCAGUAUAGAUACCGGCAUAGUUACCUUAUAACCAUUUAUUCAAAUUAUUUCAAUUGAAUGACCUUGACCUAUUUCCUUUUGGCCUUGACCUUUGACCUGGAGCUGAUUUGACUGUUAGGAAAGUUGAUUUGAUGGUAGUUUUACCUUGUAUUUGUUGAUGGUAUUUAAUGAUUAUUUUGUUAAAGUAUGAGAGAGUUUAUGGUUCCAGUUGUGGCCUAUAGGUGGCAGAAGAGGCUUGAUAAUGAAAAAAGCGAUUGAAUUUGACUCCCAAGUCUUGAUUUAGCAGUGUGGGAUUGCACCUUGAACAAAGUUGUAAUUUCUCUGUUACUAUAGGGCCUCAAAUUCGUAGUAACAUGCAUGACGCACUGAACUGGCAAGCUGGUCUAUCGUAGUGAAGGGGUUAAUAGUUGUUAAGACAUUAUAGACUUGUUACUGGACACUGUGUGCAGAUAACUAAAGAGUUUUUGUAAUGGUUUGUGAUCUGGAAAUUUUGUACCAAUAUGUACAAUUCUUGGCCAAAUACUUUUAUAAUAACGCAGUUUGCAUAAAUACAUAAUAUUGCUUAUUAUACGUUCCUCUACAUGUAAUUGAUACCAUAGAGCAUAGCAACCUUCAGCUUGUUUGAAUGGUGGUGCCCUAUUUAUUUCUGAUGGUGCACUAAAAUCGUUCAGCUUGAAAUUGGGGAAUGGGGAAGAGGGAUGUAAUAAUAUUUUUUACAGGGGCACAGCAACAGAGGUCAAUCAGCAACAUCAUUGCUAUUUUUCAGGUUCAAAUUAUUUAUAGGUUCCAAAGCAGUUUGUAAAUUAUAAUGUUUUGAUUAGAAGUAACCUGGUGCACAUACAGUAAAUGUACAGUCCGUAGAGGUUGGUAUGCUGUGAACUGUGUAGUUAAGUGAUUUUCUCAAGGACUCUUUCUUCCAAAUCUUAACACUUUUUUGCCGUGAAGGCAAUCUUCAACCAGAUCAUCUUCCUUAAAACUUCUUAUCAAAUGUGUCAAAGUAUCUCCAUGAUUCUGUUUGAAGAGGUUCACACUAAGAACAGAAACUGAAAUAGAAGCGGGAAGCAUAUUUGGCUGAUACUAGUAUCCUCUGCAUAACAUAAAAGAAACCAGAUAUGUCUUGCAUGAAUAGUCAUAUCAUAUUAUUAUAUUUACCUUUGUCUUAUUGGCCAGACUUCUGUUAAUAAAUUUGGCCUGGUCUACUUUGGUCCGUGAGCUCCAUCGUAGGUGCAAUGCAAUCUUCUUGUGUUGGCCUCCCAUUUUGUGAUGUGUAUAGGUUGUAUUUUUACAUGAUGGCCCCCAUAGGUCCAUAACUAGUCGCUUAUGUAAAAUGCAAUAUAGUCAUUAUCUAGGGCCUUUGUACAUUGACAAUGCAAUAUAGUCAAAGGCCACACCAAUUUUAAAUUGGUUGGACAGCAGGGGACCACCUUUCUCCUGGUAAAAGACAUAAUAACAUCAAUAUGUGACAAUUUGAUUUUAGAAGAAAAAUUAGGUUUUUUGCUCCAGAUAGAUUUUUGCCCCCACCCUCAUUUUCAUUUGCAGUCUCGGGAAAGACCAGCACCCCUGCUACACAACUGAUGAAAUUGGUGUGGCCUAUAAGGGUCUUUGUAUAUUGAAUGAUAGAUUAGCUUCUUGGGAUUUUAGUGAACUUUUUGAUGAUGACGUGCUGAGUUGUUCGUACGUGAUGUCAGUUUGUUAAUCAAGCAAAUAAAAUGUAAUUAAAUUCAUAUGCAAAUCUGGGGCAUAUAAAUCAAACACAGGGUGUCCCGAAAAAAUACUCAAUAAUUCUCAUAUUUGCAAAUUGUCCCAAUAUAUUUCCAUGACUGAUUUUGUAGCCUGAAAAUAGCAUUUCAGAGAGCUGUCUUUGCUUGGAAUGGACUUUUUAGGCUUGAUAGGUGAGGGUUGGGACUGAAAAAACAGGAAAAAAGUGUUGACAGUAGGGUCCAUUUCACUGGGAGUUAUAAACAAUGCAUAGAAAAUCCACCAACUCAGGUGGUGGGUUGAGAUUUAGGAGUAUUUUUUUCAGGACGCCCUGUACCACUGUGUACUUUCAUUGUAAAUACUAAGGUAUGAUAAUAUAUAGUGUAGAGAGGGCCUUAUCGCCUUGACAGGCUGUUUUCAAUUUUCUAUAACAUGCGAGUGUGUUUUCUCUACAAUGUUUGUACCCCCAACGAAGAAAACAUGCUGUAUCCAUGGAAAACGUUUAUUGACAGGUGUGGAUGAUUUCACACCCGGCUGGUGUGAUGUUUCUCUCCCGUGGUAAGGGUUUUCUCGCUCAUGUAAGUGUAUAGUAUCUCCCCGAGUUUUGUUUGUCCAAAUUUUCAAAAUAUACAAUGAUCAAAAUACGAUGCAAUAAGGACGGAUUGUGUGUGUGAUGUGGAGAGAAUGUCAUUCUUUUGUAGUUUCUACAAUCGCACGUAGAGGGCAGCACUUCAAUAAUUUUAGAAAGUGGUAAUGUUGUUGAAGUCUUUCUCAGUUAGAAACACUCGGAAGUUCUGGAAAGUUGAUGGAUGGGCUUGUUUACUUCAAUGGAUCGGUGAUGAACUUCUUAGCACCCUCUACUGUUGGUUGCAUAAACCACUUUUACUAAUGGAGCGUUUUAUGUGAGGUAUUUAAGUUCCCUCAAAAAGGUGGCAAUUUUAUUUCUACAGCUCAGUUAUUUUUAACCAAUAUAGCUUCACAGUCCAAGUUACUGAUAGUGCUUGUUGGCCCAGUUAUCUGCUAACUGGUGAAGUCAUGUUACCUAUCUAGUUAUGAUAACUAUUUCGAAACAUGGAUGGUGUAUUGUCCUUUUGAAAACAGUUGAUGGCAUUUCAGUUUGUAGGCCUUGCAGCUGAAUGGGUCCAAGUUGUCUGCAUACCAAGAUAGUACCUAGUGACAUCAUUCUUAUCAGCUUUUUUAAGGCGCCCUUGAAUAUCAUGUGUGACACCUUGGUAUGAAGACACACUUGUGCCACCUUUUGUCAGUAAAAAGUAAUAUCUUACUGUUAACGUAACUGAUGGAUGCGACCUUCUCAUUUGUCUAAUUAUAGAUACCUUGUCCUUAAAAAGUGAAUUUUAUUGAAUAAAUUCGAAUGUCUGAUUUUAAA